CUGAUAGGUGGCACUGAUGGGUGACACUGAAAGGCAGCUCAGAUGGGCACUGAUAUGUGGCAUUGAUGUGCACUGGUAGGCACUGAUAUGUGGCACUGAUGAGCACUGACAUAAGGCACUGAUGGACACUGACAGGUGGCACUGCUGGGGCUACACUGAUCAUCAGGGCACACUGAUCAUCACUGUCAGCAUGACAGCUCGAGAGGAGAGAAAUGCCGAUAUCCGGCAUUUCCCUGCUUACAUGUGGUCAGCUGUGAUUGGACACAGCUGAUUACAUGACCGAGCCGACAUCUUCGGCUCUUUCCGUGAUUGGUGAUCUGCUGUGUCUGAGGGA